AUGACAUCAAAGCAAAAGAAGAAGGUAGAUUACACCGGAAUUGUCAUCACGCCGCUUGUCCUCGGCCAUUUUUAUUAGGCAAAACACAGCAUAAAGUAGCUUUUAUCAAAACCAAAUUCGGACUAUAUCACUACACAACGCCGUGAACAUGUCAGACUUUAUCGACAGCGAGGCCGAGGAAUCAGAGGAAGAGUUCGAAGAGAGCGACCUUAAACCUAAGAAGACCCAGAGAUUUGUGGAGGAAGAUGAUGAAGAAGAGGAUGUGGAGAACCCUGAGGAGCAGGAUGAACAUGGAAAUUUACGUGGAUUAAUUGAUGACGAUGAUGAUGUAGAGGAGGAGGAAGAGGCUGAAAAAAGUGGAAGUGGCGGAGGAAGCGACUCUGAGGAGGAAGUAAAACAUCGACGGAAAAAGCGCACUUAUGAUGACUGCCUGGAUGACGAUGAUCUUGACUUGAUUGAGGAAAAUCUUGGUGUAAAAGUAAAAAGGAGGAAGAAGAAAUAUGACCGUGUUAAAACUCUGGAUGAUGAUGAAGAUGACGAUGAGAAAGAUCUCAUUGCUGAUGAGAUCUUUCAUAUGGAUGGGGAGGGGGAGCUGGAGGAAGGCGAGGCUGUAGACGAACCCAUUCAACAACCAGAUGAGGAUGAGGAAGGCGAUGAGGAGGAGUCAGAUAUUGAUGAUUUUAUUGUGGAUGACGAUGGGCAGCCUAUCACCAAAAAAGGAAAGGGAAAGAGGUUCUCAGGAUAUACAGAUGCAGCCCUCCAGGAGGCCCAGGAGAUUUUUGGUGGAGACUUUGACUUUGCUGACUUCGACGCAGACAACUACGACCAGGGCGAAGAGGAAGAGGAGGAUCAAGAUGACGAGAGCUGGGACCGACCCAAGAAACGACCCACAAAGAGGCAGGGGAGGAAGAGUAUCUUUGAGCUCUAUGAGCCCAGUGAGCUGGAGAGCAGUCACAUGACUGACCAGGACAACGAGAUCCGGUCCACAGACAUGCCUGAGAGGUUCCAGUUGCGAUCCAUCCCUGUUAAACCUGCAGAGGAUGAUGAGUUGGAAGAAGAAGCAGAGUGGAUCUUCAAACAUGGGUUCUCCACGCUCACCAUCUCCAUGCAGGAAAGCACAGACUAUCUUGAUCGUGGAACAACAACAAACUUCAGCAGGAAAGGACCCAGCACCAUUGCCAAAAUUAAAGAGGCCCUUAACUUUAUGAGAAAUCAACAGUUUGAGGUUCCAUUCAUAGCUUUCUACAGGAAAGAAUAUGUGGAGCCAGAGCUGAAUAUCAAUGACCUGUGGAAGGUGUGGCAGUGGGAUGAAAAGUGGACGCAGUUGAAGACCCGUAAGCAGAAUCUGACUCGCCUGUUCCAGAAGAUGCAGUCCUUCCAGUUUGAGCAGAUAUCGGCGGACCCUGACAAACCAUUGGCUGAUGGCAUUCGUCCUCUGGACACGGCUGACAUGGAGAGGCUGAAGGAUGUUCAGACUCUAGAGGAACUCAGUGAUGUGUACAAUCACUUUUUGCUGUACUACGGCCGAGACAUCCCAAAGAUGCAGAAUUCUGCAAAAUCCAAGAAGAAGAAGCUCAAGAAAAUUAAGGAAGUGUCAGAAGAUGGAGAGGAGGAGGAGUUUGAGGUUGAAGAGGAGGAGGAGGAGCAGAAAGGACCCGACCUUAAGCUGGCAUCUCGUAGGGAUAUGUACAGCAUCUGUCAGAGUGUCGGACUCGAUGGUCUGGCUAAAAAGUUUGGAUUGACUCCAGAGCAAUUUGGAGAGAAUCUGAGAGACAGUUACCAGCGUCACGAGACUGAGCAGUUCCCCGCCGAGCCACUAGAGCUGGCCAAAGAUUACGUCUGCAGUCAGUUUGCCAAUCCUGAGGCGGUGCUGGAAGGAACCAGAUACAUGGUGGCCAUGCAGAUAGCUCGGGAGCCUCUGGUCAGACAUGUUCUCCGCCAGACCUUCCAGGAAAGGGCCAAGAUCAACAUCAAACCUACAAAGAAAGGAAAAAAGGAGGUGGAUGAGGCUCAUUUUGCCUAUUCCUUUAAGUACCUGAAGAAUAAGCCUGUGAAAGAGCUGAAUGGGGAUCAGUUCUUGAAGAUGUGCCUGGCAGAGGAGGAGGGGCUUCUCUCCAUUGAUAUCUGCAUAGAUCUAAUCGGUGUCAAGGGGUUUGCUGGAGACCAGACAUACUUCGAUGAGAUCAAGCAGUUUUAUUACAGGGACGAGUUCAGCCACCAGGUGCAGGAGUGGAACAGACAGCGAACUCUGGCCAUAGAGAGAGCUCUCAACCAGUUCCUCUACCCUCAGAUGGCCAAGGAGCUCAAGAGCAAGCUAAUCGCUGAGGCCAAAGAGAGCAUUGUUAAGUCCUGCUGCCGCCGGUUGUACAACUGGCUUAAAGUGGCUCCCUACAGACCCGACCAGCAGGUGGAGGAGGAUGAUGACCUAAUGGAUGAGAGUCAGGGGAAAGGCAUCCGUGUGUUGGGGGUGGCCUAUGCUCCUAGCAGAGACACACCAGUUUUCUGUGCUUUGAUCAAUGGGGAUGGAGAGGUGGUGGACUUCCUCCGUUUGCCGUACUUCAUGAAGAGGAGGAAUGCCUUCAGGGAGGAUGAGAGGGAGAAGAAGGCUCAGGAUGUUGAAAAUCUCAAAAAGUUUCUUUCCAGCAAGAAACCUCAUGUUGUUGCUGUUGCCGGGGAAAAUCGAGAUGCUCAGAUGAUCAUGGAGGACAUAAAAAGGACCAUCAGUGAGCUGGAGCAGGAGUCGUCCCUGCCUGCUGUGGGAGUGGAGCUGGUUGACAAUGAACUGGCCACGCUUUAUAUGAACAGCAAGAAGUCAGAGAAUGACUUCAGGGAUUAUCCUCCUUUGCUGCGACAAGCUGUUUCAAUAGCUAGGAAGAUCCAGGAUCCUCUGAUUGAAUACGCUCAGGUCUGCAGCACCGAUGAAGACAUUCUCUGCCUGAAAUUAAACCCACUGCAGGAACACGUGGUUAAGGAGGAUUUGCUCAACGCUCUCUACUGUGAAUUUAUCAACCGGGUCAACGAGGUCGGGGUAGACGUGAACCGAGCGAUCGCCCAUCCCCACACUCAGAGCCUGGUCCAGUAUGUCUGUGGUUUGGGGCAGAGGAAGGGUGCCCACCUCCUCAAGAUUUUAAAGCAAAACAACACUCGUCUGGAAAACAGAACGCAGCUGGUCACAAUGUGCCACAUGGGACCCAAAGUUUUUAUCAACUGUGCUGGUUUCAUCAAGAUUGACACAGCGUCCCUCGGGGACAGUACGGACUCCUACAUAGAGGUGCUGGAUGGUUCUCGUGUCCACCCUGAGACGUACGAGUGGGCUCGCAAGAUGGCUGUUGACGCACUCGAGUACGACGAGUCUGCAGAAGAUGCGAACCCUGCCGGAGCUCUGGAGGAGAUCUUGGAAAAUCCAGAACGCUUGAAGGAUCUGGACCUGGAUGCCUUCGCUGAGGAGCUUGAGAGACAGGGUUACGGAAACAAAGGAAUUACGCUUUAUGACAUCCGAGCUGAGCUGAGCUGCAGGUACAAAGACCUCAGGGUUCCCUACAGAGUUCCCAAUACAGAGGAAGUCUUCAAUCUGCUCACCAAGGAAACUCCAGAGACCUUUUAUAUUGGUAAGUUAAUAACCAGUGUGGUAACUGGUAUUGCUCACCGGCGGCCUCAGGGAGAGAGCUACGACCAAGCCAUUAGGAAUGAUGCUACAGGACUGUGGCAGUGUCCCUUCUGCCAGCAGGACAAUUUCCCCGAGCUGAGUGAGGUGUGGAAUCACUUUGACAGCGGCUCCUGUCCGGGUCAGGCCAUCGGGGUCCGCAGCAGAUUAGAUAAUGGAGUCCAGGGAUUCAUUCCCACCAAAUUUCUUAGCGAUAAAGUGGUCAAACACCCUGAGGAGAGGGUCAAGGUGGGCAUGACUGUUCACUGCAGGAUUAUGAAGAUAGACAUAGAGAAAUUCAGUGUUGACCUCACGUGCCGCACCUCAGAUCUGAUGGACAAGAACAACGAGUGGAAGCUUCCUAAAGACAGCUACUACGACUUCGACACAGAAGCAGAGGAUCAGAAACAAGAGGAGGAACUCAAAAAGAAACAGCACCGCACGCCAUAUAUAAAGCGCGUGAUCGCCCACCCCAACUUCCACAAUAUCAGUUUUAGCCAGGCAGAGAAGAUGAUGGAGACCCUCGACCAGGGAGACUUGAUCAUCAGGCCCAGCAGCAAAGGGGAGAACCACCUAACAGUCACAUGGAAGGUGGCUGAUGGCAUCUACCAGCAUGUCGACGUGAGAGAGGAAGGCAAAGAAAACGCUUUCAGUUUGGGCCACACUCUUUGGAUCAAUAACGAAGAAUUCGAGGAUCUGGAUGAAAUAACCGCUCGGUAUAUUCAGCCAAUGGCCUCAUUUGCGCGAGAUCUGCUGGGACAUAAAUACUUCCAGGACUGCAGCGGAGGAAGCAAAGAGAAAAUGGAGGAAUUAUUAAUCCGAACAAAACGAGAGAAGCCUACCUUCAUUCCUUACUUUAUAUCGGCUUGUAAAGACCUCCCAGGGAAGUUUAUUUUGGGCUACCAGCCCCGUGGAAAACCUCGGAUUGAGUAUGUGACCAUCACCCCAGAUGGCUUUCGCUACCGUUCACAGAUAUUUCCUACAGUCAACGGACUUUUCCGAUGGUUUAAGGACCAUUAUCAGGAGCCUGUGCCGGGUAUUACUCCGAGCAACAGCAGCAGAACCAGAACCCCUGCAUCCGUAAACGCAACUCCAGCCAAUAUUAAUAUUGCAGACCUAACACGAGCCGUCAAUGCCCUCCCUCGCAACAUGACUUCCCAGAUGUUCAACGCCAUCGCUGCAGUCACGGGCCAAGGCCAGAACCCAAAUGCCACCCCUGCCCAGUGGGGCUCCAGCCAGUACGGCUACGGCGGGAGUACAGGAGGAGGAGGAGGAAGCUCUUCUGCUUAUCAUGUGUUUGCCACACCCCAGCAGCCCAUGGCGACACCCUUAAUGACGCCCAGUUACUCCUACACAACGCCAAGCCAGCAGCCCCUGGGUACACCGCAAUAUCCUGGCUCCACCCCUCAGUCUUCACACGUACAUACCCACCCACACCUACCGCUUCCCAGCCAUCACGGCCCUCCGAGCGGUCACCACGGCCACGCGUCCAGCACACCCUCAUCGUCCACCUCCUCCCGAGGGCGAACACCGCAGCAACAAACGCCGCAGCAGCCAAAACCGAGCAGCAGCGCCUCCUCCUCGGCAGUGGACUGGGGCAAGAUGGCGGAGCAGUGGCUCAAGGAGAAAGAAGCAGAGGACAGGAAGAAAUCCCAGAGGAUGACGCCACGACCUUCACCCAGCCCCAUGAUCGAGAGCACGCCAAUGUCGCUGCCUGGAGAUGCCACACCGCUGCUAGACGAAAUGGACCGAUAGGACAUAGAGGGGGGCGUGGCUUCAAUCCCCCCUCCCUACAACCUUACUUCAUCCUUUGUACUGCUUCACUCGGAAAACCUUUUAACCCACCCCAUCCCAUCCCACCCACAGCCAUUAAGCUGAUGUUCCAUUCAUACAUUUACCUCCUGAUGUCAUGCAGCAGUCAGUAUAUUCACAUGUCAACCCAUUUCCUUCUCCUGUCAUCUCACAGCAGGUGUUUUAGUUCCUCUCCUCUUGCCAAUCUCCUCCAGCUGCAAAACAUUUUUGCAUGUCAUGCAGACAAGUCGUACAAAGAUUGAAAAAAAUAAAAUACUUGAAGUAUCAGUUACAUAUGGGAAAUGGACCUAAACAGACACUGACAGACAAGCUGUCCUCCUAUUUUUGGUCUUUCAAUUGCUUUCUGUUUAUUCCUGGGGGGUUUUGGCAGAAGGGAACAGCUGAGAUGUUGAGUUCGAAAAGCAGCUGCCAAAACAACGCUUUGGAUCAGGAAAUUAUUUGAUAUCUGUACGGAAAUGCGUCAGUAUGAAUAAAGACUUCUUUCUUUCUGUCCGAA